ACUGUGAGGAGGGUCAGGAUUCAAAUUCUAAGUGGUAAGAUGUCCCCAUUGUCAGUAGGGAUAUAUAGCAGGCAGACCGGGGUUUGGAGAGCUGGCACCACAGAGUGAAGAUCCGCAGGUCGGGAUUCAGAAAUAUCACCAUGGCCUCUUCGCACUGCUCUUGGAUUGCUCUGUUUCUUCUCACAGUGAUGACAAGUGACAUUGGAGUAUUUGGCCGCGCAGUAGACACGCGGGGACUUCUGUCACAGUCACCAGAGAUCACAAAUGAAUCAUACAGACCAACUUUACGCACGGAUGCAUUGAGGCGGUGGAGGCGCGGGGUCACGGAGGCGCACCGGGAGCGGUGCGCAGAGCUGGCGGCUCCUUGGCUGGAAAACACACAAGCUCCUCAAGAUGAUUCAAAUCUGCUGCAGCUCCGUGUUCGGCCCUUUUCUCCGGGAGUUUCUCGAGGCCUGGUUUUCCCGGGGAAAUCUCUUUUCAGCUUUGUGCGACGGGUUUACCGCUGCUGUCAAGAAGGACUAAACUGCAGAAGCGUCAAAGGAAUUCAGGGUCGCCUGAGAGGAGAUACAGAUGUGGAGUUUCUCCUCACCAGGGAGAUCUUAACAUUGAAUCUUAUGAGGGCCGAGCUUCACCUCCAACUUUCAAACCCACAACAUUUGGACAUCCGCCCUGCGCUUCCAUCUAUGGCAAAGCGCAACCUUCCGACAAGAUACAGUGUGUGGUCAAGGGGUCACUCUGUGGAGCUGAGAGUGGACCUGCUGUUCCUCCUCCAGAGUUUGCAGGAGGCGGCAGGCGGUGCCGGAGGGGGUUCCAGCUUGGUGAACAUGCGACGGGUGGUGUUUUCUUCCAAGGGGGAUCCAGGAGCCUUACAGGACACUGACGGCAACGUGUGGGGGGAUGGGGUCGACGCACCGCUGCCUGCUCCUGAGCUGGGCCUGGGCUUGGUCCUGGACUGCAGUCAGUCUGGAGUAGGGGUGUCCUGUGAAACCGGCGGUGUCCACCUCUCACACACACCUUUCAUGGCUCUGUACUACAGAUGAAGACUGGACUGAGUUCUGCUGAGACCAUAAAAGGGAUAAUUCAUGUUUCACCCACUCUGUUCUAAAUGAUGAACCACAGACGCCUCAAAGCAUAUCAAGAAAUAAUGCACUUCAAUGUCAAAUCUAUUAAUUUAUGAAUGUUAUGUUUUGUACAAUAGGCUAUAUAUAUUAUGUAAAUUGUGAAUAUGAUAUACUGUAUGCUUAUGGAGUCA